UGACCACAGUACAUGACAGAAUGUUUGACCGCCAUAUUUAUUGUUGUAAAACUUGUAGAUGUAAUUUGGUGAAUUUAUAAUGAAAUAGUUUGAAUAAAACAGAGUAUUAUAGAUUUUUAGUUAAACUAUUGAAUUGCCACACGAUGGCUGCAAGAUUGAAACAUAUUGAAGUGGAGAACUUCAAAUCCUACAGGGGUAGGAAACUAAUUGGGCCCCUCAAACCCUUCAAUGCUGUUAUUGGUCCAAAUGGGUCAGGUAAAUCUAACUUCAUGGAUGCCAUCAGUUUUGUGAUGGGGGAGAAAACACAAAGUUUACGAGUCAAAAGAUUAAGUGAUUUAAUUCAUGGUGCUGCUAUCAGUAGACCUGUUUCCAGAAGUGCUUCAGUAACAGCAAUGUUCAUUAUUGACGAUGGCAGAGAAAUGGCAUUCCAGAGGUCUGUUCAGGGAUCAUCUUCAGAAUAUAGGGUUGAUGGAACUGUUGUUUCUUCUAAUGAGUAUCUUGGCGAAUUGGAGAAAUUAAAGAUUAAUGUUAAAGCCAAGAACUUUCUAGUAUUUCAAGGUGCCGUUGAAUCAGUAGCAAUGAAAAAUCCAAAAGAAAUGACUGCCCUUUUUGAAGAAAUUAGUGGAUCAGGAUCUUUAAAAGAAGAAUAUUCUAGACUUCAACAGGAAAUGCAGAAGGCUCAAGAAGAAAUCAAUUGUGCGUAUCAGAAGAAAAAAGGUAUCAAUGCCGAGAAAAAAGAAGCAAGAUUGGAAAAAGAAGAGGCAGAUAAAUAUGCUCGAUUAAAAGAUGAUUUGAACGACAAACUGGUUGACCAUCAGCUUUUCCGCUUAUUCCACAAUGAAAGAGAAAUGAAAAACCUCGAACAGGAUCUCAAGUCCAAACAAAAAGAAGUCGAUAAAAUCGAAAAAAAGAAAGAGAAGCAAGAAGACAUUCUCAAAGAAAAGAGGAAGGAACACGGAAAGUACAACCGAGAACUCGCGAAGAUCGAACAGGAUAUAAGAGAAGUAGAGGUGGAGAUAUCGAAAAAGAAGCCUCAGUUCAUUAAGGCAAAAGAAAGAGUAACUCAUAUGCAGAAAAAGUUGGACGGUGCUAUUAAGACUUUGGAUCAAGCCAGAAAAGCUCACGAUGCUCAUAUGAAUGACAUUAAAAAAUUGGAGGAUGAAUUAGCAUCUGUGGAGAAAAAGAAGGAUGAAUACGAGACUCAAAUAGCUGGUGAAUCACAAAGUCAAGGAAGAGAUGUGCAUUUGGAAGAUGCUCAGGUAAGACAAUACCACAGGUUGAAAGAAGAAGCUGCCAAGCGAUCAGCACGAUACAUGCAGGAGUUGGAUUCGGUCAACAGAGAACAAAAGGCAGAACAGGAUCGCUUGGACAAUGUUUCUAGAAGUAGAACAGAUGCUGAGAACAAACACAGACAGAAACUGCACGAAAAAGAAGAGAUGGAAAAGAGAAUAGAAAAGUUGGCAGAACAUAUUAGAUCCAGUGAUCAAGCUUUGCAAGAUCAGAAGCAACUUCGAGAAGAUUUACAAUCUGAUGUUGGAUUUUCUAAGGACAGAGUUCAUGAAAUUCAAAAGCAAUUGGAAGAUGUAGCUGAGCAACUUGGUGACGCUAGAACAGAUAAGCACGAAGAUUCCAGGAGAAAGAAAAAACAGGAAAUUGUGGAAAGAUUCAAGAGUAACUACCCUGGAGUGUACGAUCGAAUGAUAAACAUGUGCCACCCCAUUCACAAGCGGUAUAAUGUAGCUAUUACAAAGAAUUUGGGAAAGUAUAUGGACGCCAUUGUUGUGGACACCGAACAUACUGGCAGACAAUGUAUUAAAUAUCUCAAGGAGCAAAUGUUAGAACCCGAAACUUUUCUUCCUUUGGAUUAUCUUCAGACUAAACCAAUCAAAGAAAGGUUGAGGAAUAUAACUGAGCCCAAAGGUGUUAAAUUAAUAUAUGAUGUCCUUCAAUUCGAACCUCAAGCGAUAGCCAAAGCAGUGAUGUUUGCCACUAAUAAUGCGCUCGUCUGCGAAACGCCAGAAGAUGCUAUGAAAGUGGCUUAUGAGCUAGGAGGAAGAUUAGAUGCUGUCGCUUUGGACGGAACUUACUAUCAAAAGUCAGGUAUUAUCUCUGGAGGUAGUUUGGAUCUGGCGAGAAAAGCUAAGAGAUGGGACGAAAAACACAUGGCUCAGUUGAAAGCUCAGAAGGAAAAACUAACGGAAGAACUUAGAGAGGCUAUGAAAAAAUCUCGUAAAGAGUCUGAAUUAAAUACUGUCGACUCACAAAUCAGAGGACUUGAAACUCGUUUGAGAUAUAAUAGAACCGACAUGGAAAGCACUAAAAAGCAAAUAAACAUCGUAGAAAGGGAACUCGCUCGUCUAAAUGAAGAGAUGAAGAAACAUGGUCCUCAAAUUGAAGCUAUCGAGAAGAGUAUGCAAACUCGCGAACAACAAAUCGAGGAAAUCAAAUUAAAGAUGAACAGCGUCGAAGAUGUCGUAUUUUCAGAUUUUUGUCGCGAAAUCGGCGUUAAAAAUAUUAGACAGUAUGAAGAUAGAGAAUUGAGAGCACAAGAAGAGAGAAAGAAGAAAAGAUUGGAAUUUGAGAAGCAAAUCAAUAGGAUUACGAGUAAUCUGGAUUUCGAAAGAAGCAGAGAUACACAGAAUAACGUCAGUCGCUGGGAACGCACAGUAAAUGACGAAGAAGAAAAAUUGGAAGCUUGUAAGAAGCAAGAGAUCAAACAUAGGGACGAAAUAGACAAAGAUCUUCAACAAGUAGAACAGUUGAAAGCGUCUAGAUUAAACAAGAAACAAGAAGUCGAAGCUGCCGAUGACGAAGUGGGUAAAGCUAGAAGAGAAGUAGGUUCUGUGGCCAAAGAUGUACAAGCUGCUCAGAAAGCGGUGGUUUCUUUGGAAGGAAAAAUCGAAGGGAAGAAGAGUGAAAGGCAUACUAUCCUCAUGCAGUGCAAGAUGGAUGACAUAGCUAUACCUAUGAUAGUAGGAAACAUGGAGGACAUUGCUGCUGCCGAUCCCUCUCAGUCUUCAUCCAACGCCGAGACUAGUACCAGUGCACAACAACACGAAAAGGAAGCUAGAAUUAAGAUUGACUACAGCAGCCUAAGUGAUAACCUCAAAGAUCUCGAAGAAAGGGACGAAAUAAAGAAGCAGGCGGACAAAUUACUUAAGUCUAUCCAACAAUUACAAGAUACGCUUACCAAAAUACAAGCACCUAACAUGAAAGCCAUCGAGAAGCUACAACUCGCUUGUGGAAAGUUGCAAUCUACCAACGAAGAAUUUGAAAACUUGAGGAAACAGAACAAGAAGGCUAAAGCUGCGUUUGAAAAAAUAAAACAGCAAAGAUACGAGAGGUUUACAAGAUGCUUUGAUCAUGUGUCCAACGAAAUUGAUAACAUUUACAAGUCUCUAGCUCAGAAUCAAUCAGCUCAAGCAUUUUUGGGUGCGGAAAACCCCGAAGAACCUUACUUAGAUGGUAUCAACUAUAAUUGUGUUGCGCCCGGAAAACGGUUCCAGCCUAUGUCUAACUUGUCGGGAGGAGAAAAAACAGUGGCAGCCUUAGCUUUGCUAUUUGCAAUCCACAGCUAUCAGCCAGCCCCGUUCUUCGUUCUAGACGAGGUUGAUGCUGCUUUAGAUAACACAAAUAUUGGAAAAGUGGCCAAAUACAUUAGAGAAAAGACUGAGUCUCUACAGACUAUUGUUAUUUCGUUGAAAGAAGAGUUUUAUUCACACGCUGAUGCUUUAAUUGGAAUUUGUCCGGAGAUCAAGCCUGCGGAUUGUCUAAUUAGUCAGGUGCUAACGUGUGACUUAACGAAAUAUGACCAGUUCUGACCCGAGGAAAAGGCAGAAGAAAAGAACGAUAAAAGUUUCAAAAAGAAAAAAUAGUUUAUUUAUAUUUGCAUUUUUGAUAAAACGUACAACGUUCAUUGUUAAUUUUUUAGGUUAUUCGUAUGAGUUCAUUUUUAAAAUUUAAAAUUGUUUUAGAUUACUAUAAAUAACUUGUUCAGGUAAUAAGUCUAGUUAGAAAACAUUACUUUGGUGACUGAUUUGUAGAUUUUGUACUGUGACAUGUAAACAUUUUGUAUAAAUAAACAAUAUGACUUAACGAAAUACGACAUGUUCUGGCCCGAGUAAAAGAAAACCUCAGAAAAAAAAAAGAUAAAGUUUCAAAAAGAAAAAAUUGUUAAUUUAUAUUUACAUUUUUGAUAAAACGUCCUCGCGCUAAACUAAAAAAUCAUGAUAAUUACCUCCCUCAGGAGACUUAAUUUAUUCAGUUCUUCAUGUUGAGUCGGACAAAUUUUCGGCAUGGGGGCAUUUUGUAAAUAUACAGGUUUCUAAAUGUUGGUGCGUCCGACAACUGGAGUACCCUUAAAAUUUGUUAACCAAUUUGACAAUAUUACCAAACAGUCCUGCAAAAAUCAUCUGUGAGGGUAUACAUUUUAUGACUCCAUAACGCAGCUGAUUUUUGCAGGAUUGUUUGAUAAAAAAUACUUACAAUUUACUGGUAAUAUUGUUCGUCAAAUUUUUAAGAGUACACACUCCAGUUAUCGGAAGCACUAAAGUUUAGAAACCUCUAUGUAUAUUUAUGAAACGUCUCUCUCUUUUCCGUAUUAGAAAAGUUGUCCGACUAGAGAGAAAUUCACACCGAGAGUGCAGUACGGCUAAGAUAGGGCAAUACAUUUCUAAUGAGGAAUAAACGCACAGGGUUGUCGGUCUUCACUAGUUGUUGAUUGCUCUCUCAAGAGCGUCGCACAGGAACUGUGGCAACAAUGAAUGCGCAUUCCUAUCUUAACCAUGCUGCACUCCCAGUAUGAAUUUCACAAUAGACUUGAAUAACUGAAUGUCUCAUGAGGGAGGUACCCAUGUUUUUAUAAGGGUGGGGUUCAAGCCCUACAAGGUUCAUUGCUUUAGUUUAUUGUUCAUUUUUAGGUUAUAAAUAAGAGUUCAUUUUUGAAAAUUUAAAUUAUUUUAGAUUAGGUACUAUAAAUACCUUGUUCAGGUAAUAAGUCUAGUUAGCAUACAUUGCUUAGAUCACUGAUUUGUAGAUUUUGUACUAUAACAUGUAAACAUUUUCUAUAAAUAAACAAUGUAUUACUUAA